AUGCAUCAAGUGCAAGGUCAUGUUUACCUGAUGGUCCCCGUGAGUCGCAACUUUUGGGCAACGGACGCUUUCCAAGAAAGCUCCUACUCGGACAUCAAUUGGUGCCCUCACUGUUUCCAGAGCCGGGGACCGAGUGCGGUUCGCGAACGAGGGGAAGAGAACACGGAAAAAGACGUGCUCGAGAGGUACGGCGGUGGGGAAUGGCCCCACCUGUUCUCGUACGAACGAAACGAGGUUCACGGCAACGGAAACUACUACGAGCCGGAGAAAAUCUCCGUCAGGCAUGGCAUUUGUGGCGACCCCGAACAAACCAAGGCUGAGGGCACCAACCUCUACGGACAAGAAAACCACAAGUACCCGGUCCACGACAAGUACUCUGAAGGCGGAAUUAUUGAGAUCAAGGUUGUGGUCUCUACCUACCAUUGGGGCCACCUCGAGUUCUUCAUCUGCAAUGCCGAGGACAUGUCUGAUCCAGACGGGGUCGUGACUCAGGGCUGCUUCAACAUGCACCCGCUCGAUCGUGCGGACGAUGACGGGGAUGCUAGCCCCAUCGACCCUGACCACAUUGGCAGGUACUACCUGGACCCGCCCUGCCGUGCCGAUGAGACGGAUCAGGAUACUCUACCCGGAGCUUAUCCCGGCGAUGUCGCCACCGCGCGGUACAAGCUGCCGAGCGGGCUCACGUGCAGCCGCUGUAUCUUACAGAUGGUCUACUAUACCGGCAACGCUUGCAAGCAUCCGGGGUAUGACGAGUUCGACCCCGUCUCAGUGCCUGACGGGUGCGCCCCGGCCAAGGAAGACUGGGUGCAGACGCAGCUGGGCAUGUGCGGCGAGGACGGCAGAUACCCAGAAGAGUUCUGGAAUUGCGCCGAUAUCGAGAUCACCAGCGACGAAGGUGGAAGUGGGCCCGCCACUACAACCCCUUCGCCCACCGACGAGGAGGAGCUUUCGCCUACCCCUGAGCCGUCCGAUCCCACUGUGGAAGUUCCUCGAACGCCGGAGUACGGAGAGCCCACGCCGGAACCAUCGCCCGCCCCUUCCGUGGCUCCGGUAUCUCCGACGGCGACAUCGUGUGACGACCCCGCGGUGGUGUACGAGCAGUGCGGUGGCGAUGACAGCUACGAUGGACGUACAUGCUGCGUCGAAAACACCGAGUGUGUGGAGCUCGCCGAUUGCUACUCUGAGUGCCGCCCGGCUGAGACUACCCCUGGGGAAACCUGCUCUGGAGAGUGGGGCCAAUGCGGCGGAAAUCAGUGGCAAGGACCGACCUGCUGUGAGGAAGGCAACGACUGCGUCGUUAGCAACGAGUGGUACCACCAGUGCAUUCCGGAGACGACUUGA